CAUAGACACCGAUUAUGGCUAGACUUUGGAAAAUAAUCGAGUAUGUUUAAAAAUGGUGGAUGCUGUUGGUCUUAUUUCCGGCGUUGUAAAGCAGACGUGACAUUUGUUAAAUGCUCCUUUUAGAGAGUUUAUUUCGAUGGUGAUUUUAAUGACUAGCUACAAAGGCAUCCAGAUGUGCAGUUGAAAGAGCUCAUUACAAACACCACAUAAUUAAGAACAGCUUUUUAGGAAGGAAAUUCGUUCAAGUUGAGAACAUGCGAGAAUAUAAAGUGGUGGUUUUGGGAAGUGGGGGAGUAGGCAAAUCAGCACUGACGGUGAAAUUUGUCUCGGGGAAUUUCAUGGAAAAAUAUGACCCAACUAUAGAAGACUUUUACAGGAAAGAAAUAGAAGUGGACGAUGCACCGUCUGUUCUAGAAAUACUCGACACGGCAGGGACAGAACAGUUCGCAUCCAUGAGAGAUCUGUAUAUAAAAAACGGCCAGGGAUUCCUUAUAGUGUAUAGUAUCACUAGCUUUCAAACCUUCCAGGAUAUUAAGACGAUGAAGGAACAAAUCAUCCGGGUCAAAGGUGUGGACAAGAUACCGAUGAUACUUGUGGGUAAUAAGUGUGAUCUUGAACAUCAAAGGGAGGUAACUGUAGAAGAGGGCGUGGCCCUAUCCCAAAUAUGGGCCUGUCCGUUCAUGGAGACAUCAGCCAAGAGCACGAACAAUGUGAAUGAGGUGUUUAUAGAAAUUGUACGUGAAAUGAACACUAGCCCUGUGAAGAAGAAGAAAUCUUACUGCACUGUGUUGUAACGGAAGAGAAAACCACUUUACAUUAUUGACUGUGUUUGGACCAUGUUUGUGUCGCCAUCAACCACUGAACGCUAUCGUAGGAGGAUGCUCCAUCCUUUCUUUAUGGAUCUUUGUGCCAAAACAGUGGACCUGCAUAUUGACAAGACCCAGACAUUCAUAGCUUAAUAGUUAUUUAUUCUUAUUCCUGGUUCUUUAUUCGUAAAGCUCCGCAGGGUGAUCAUAAAGUGGAACAUUCAAAACAAAUUGUCUAUGGUAAAUCCUCAGAUUUGUGUUUACCAAACAGUAACAUGUGCAACCUUUGAGCAAUAUGUACUAUUUUAAGGCUCGUUGUUGUAAAAAAGCAAGAGAAUCUUGUCAUUUUAUGAAUUACAGUACAAAUUUCUUAUUUUAGGUGUGUGACUACAGAUUCAGUGAAUGAACAUGAAUUUGAGCAUUUGACAAGGGAAGUAAUCCAGUACAAAAUUAGUGAUGAACCCAAAUGGGAUUUAGUCCCCUUGCUUUUGCUUUUUUGAGCCUUUGUCCUUUGGUAAAUGUUUGUGAUUUGUACUGAAAUUCAUGUUAUGAAACGUAUUAUCUUCAUUGAAACAUUCUUUACUGAAGUUAACAUUUUUUGAUAAAGAAACAUAGUUUGUAAUAAAUUAAACAAAUAAAGAAUGUGCAAUUAUUACAGUAAAUUACAUAUACCUGGUAUGAAUCAUUGAAAUAUUAUUCUAAUUAUAACAGUAAAUUACAUAUACCUGAUAUGAAUCAUUGAAAUAUUAUUCUAGUUUUGUGCAUAGUAGCUUAUUGUAGAAGUCAUGCUAACAUGUUUUGGUUUAAUCAUUCCUAGCACGUUUACCGUAAUUCACAUACAUUUUUAUGGCUGAUGUGCAUAAUUCAUUAUCAAAAUUAACUUUAAAUGGUUUGUAUUUGUCCACAAUAUGCGCAUUUAAUCCCGUUAGCGUUUCCAAUCACCAAAAUCACCAUUGCCCACAGCGCACUUAGCAUAACGUUAAAUAUAUUGAAUUAAUGUGUGAAAUGUAACACUUUAUAGUUAUGUUAGAUAGAUAACCUCGCUGUUGCAUGUAGCUUAAUAGAAAUAAAAUACUGUACCAGUACUUGUGAUUCUAAUUAAAUUUUUUCAUGAAGGAAAAUAAGAAUGAACAUUUGCCUACUGUCAGACAGUCACAGGACUAAAUGGUUUUCUUUGCACACUUCAAAACUAUUGUCAUGGUCUCAAUCUGCUGUGGUUUCAUUACAGAACUUUACAUGCAAAUUAUUGCAUGACAAUCCUUAUUAAUAACUGGCAAACAUUGUUGAAUUGGGUAUAUUGUAUAUAAGAUUCCACAUGCGAAAAUGGUUCUUAGGCCAUAAACCAGAAUAUCUCAAGACCAGCCUGCGCAUCCACUCAGCAUGGUCAGGAGCUAUGCUGUCUGCUUAUGACUUUAUAGAGAACAUGUUGCUCCUGACUGGGCUGCUCAGGCUUGUUUUGGGCUACGCUGGUUGCAUAUGGUAUAAGAAGCAUUUUCACAUCACUUAGGUCAAAUCAUGUAGGAAAUGAAUUUUGACAAUUAUAAUUCUUAGACAUAAUCAACACUUUGGAACAGUUAUUAUUCAACUGUGUGCUUAAUUUGUGGUAUUGCAUAUACCUUCUCUAAAAUAGAGAAUGCUAAGUCUCUUUCUAGUUCAUAAUAAAGAACACCAAAGAUCAAUACUGUUAUUUAUUCACAGCAGUUAAACUGCAAAUAGUUUUAAUUUAUUUAAAUGAAACUUACAUUUUUGGGGGUGGGAAGGAGAAGGGCGCUUAUGAACGUAACAAAAGCAUAUGUGUUUAAAAAUAAUGUACUUACAGCCUUUUUGCUGUAAAGACAUUGUAAAGAUUUAUUAUUUUGUUAGAUUCUUUUUGUUAAUACCGUUGAUAGUUAUAUACAUCAUUUCGUUUCGAGCCAGUUUUAAGGUUUUCUAUAUGCAGAACAGCACUUAUAACUGAACACCUGCAAACUUGUGAUAAAAUGUGCGAUUUCCAAGAAACUAUUUCAACUUUAAAAUGUAGCCAUAAAUUGUAUGACACAUUUUUGUAUAGCAUUCACUAUUUAGAUUAAAGUGCUCUAAACAUAAAAGGAAAAUAUACAGAGCGGGGGCAUCCAUUAGUUACACUGAUAUAUUGCUGUUAAUUGUUUUUAUCAUAAACAGUAAAACUGUGUAUUAAAUGAAAUAAAAUUGUACAUAAAGGCUAUUAAAUAAGUCAUUCAAUAAAUUAUAAUGUUUAUUGAAAGUUUAAUAUUUUAUCACAAAAAGUGCGUAAGUGUUUGGUUCUUAAGUUUUGUUCUGUAUAACUUGCAAUAAUGUAUAUAUAAGUGUGAAUAUACAUGGAGUGAUUACAUGUAGGAGAUGCAUGCACAUGUAUAGGGUAAUUUAAUGGCUAGAUGUUUCACAAUUGUAAAAUUAUUUUAUUCAAACUGUGUUUUUAACAUUGGUGUAAGAUUUAUAGUUUUUUUACCAUGCUGUAUUAUAUUAAAUAUGACCUUUUUUCUGUAACUUAACAUGUAAGGACAGCAGGUUUAUUCCAUACAUAAAGUUGCCAGUAGUUUUAAAUGGUUGUACACGUACUUAAGAAAGUGAUCACAAAUUCAUGUUGUCCAUUUUCAGCUCACCUGAGCACAAGGUACUGAUUGUGAGCAAUUGUGGUCAAAGUGUGUUUGAAGUCUGUCAUCAAGUGUAGUGUGUUGUCAACUUUUAGUCGAUUAGAUUUUUUAUCCAAUCUUGAUAACACUUGCUCAGAAUGUUUAUCUUGACAAUAUCAAGGACAAGAUAUGAUCUGGGUCUCAUGCGUCCAAAUAGUCGGUAUAUGCAUCAAAAAACUGGGUCACCAGGUUAAAUCCUACAAAAACCUGGUCAUCACUCUAGAGUUCAUAAUAACAACUCAAUAUUGAAGAAACAUUGCCAGAAAGUUUUUCUUGAUAAUAUCAAGACUGAGUUUUAAUCUUGGACAUGUGCAUAUACAAAUCUAGGUCACUAGGUCAAGUUUCGAUAAUUGGUUUACCUCAACCUCAAGUGAGCGUUUCAGGCCCUCAAGUUACAGGAAGUUACUUCAUCACAGUGCCCUUUUGUAACUGGUCUGAAGCAAUUCAAUUGGAACAUUUUUCUUCACACAUGCAAAAUGUUUGGUGAUGAAAAAUUAUUUUUAAUUGCAUGUAUAUAAGCAAAAAUCCUGCAUUUGUGUUCAAGUGUGUGUGUGUUUUUUACAUGUUUUUGCACUAGUUGCACUGGUGCAAAUGUGCAAUCAUGUUUCAUGUAUGUUUUCAAUUUUGAACACAAGUGAGUGUAUAUGGUUUACAUUCCCAUUGAACAAAUAAGCUGAAUAUAAGUAUAACCUGUUAACAACUUAAACUAACGAUGUUGUAUUACAAGUACAUGCAAAUGGAAAUAUGUUUGCCAUGUGUAUAAAUGCUAAGAAAAUGGUGUCAUUAAUCCCUCAACUGAUGUAUAAGAUAUAGUUCAUGAUAUGUUAUGUUAUAUUAAAUUGUAAGAUUUGGUUGUUAAGCACUCACAGACAAUCUUAUAAAAUAUGAGUGUUAGAAAUUAAUUAGUACAGCUAAGGGUCAUGAGGAGAAAAGCACUUUUCAGAAGUUACUAUACACUAAAGUCUGCACUAUCUGCUCUAGAAAUGUUUGGUUAUUCUUGCUUAGAAUCUGGAAUAUAUAUUGUACAUCUCUAUAUCAAUGUUAAGGACCCAAAUAACUGUAAUAUUUUGGAAAUGCUUGGCUAAUAUUUUUGUUGAGCACCAUUGCAUACAGCUUGAUAUGACAGUCACUAUGGUUAAUUUCAUCUUCUUUGUCAUAUUAAAUUGACUGUUAAACAUUUCAUUAUGUUUCAUGUUUUGAUAUCAUAUAUUGCCAGCAAUGUUAGGUAACUUAUCAAGAUUAUCUUAAGCAUUAUUUGUUAUGUUAAUUAUGAUAUUUCUAAAUAUAUUGCAUAUUCUAAACAUAUACAUUUAUAGAAUUAUGUAUAUAUCAAUUUAUUUACAAUUUAAAGGAAAUAAAAUCAGAGGCCAUUUGUCAUUCUGUUUUCAAAAGUCACUGAUUGCUGUUGUCUGGGUAAGACAUUUAAAUACAUAUGAACCGUGCUCUGUGAAAAGAGGGUUUAAUGCAUGUGCGUUAGGUGUCGUCCCAGAUUAGCCUGUGUAGUCCCACAGGCUUAUCACGGACAACACUUUCCCCACUAACUGGAUUUCUACUAAGAAGAGACUUUCUUUAAACAGAUAUUAUCAUAAAAGCGGAAAGUGUCGUCCCUGGUUAGCCUGUGCAGAUUGUACAGGCUAAUCUGGGAUGACACUUUACGCACAUGAAUUAAACCCCUUUUUCCCAGAGCACAGCCCAUAUUCAUAUGGAGUAAUUUCUCUAAUUUUUUAUUUCACAAUUUUAAAGUGCAUCAUCAGUAUUAUAAAAAGCAAGAUGCAUGUGUGCCCAUUACAUGUGUGUGCUCAGGGCUUUUUUCCUUCUUUAGCAAUGGCCUUAUAAAGGCCCUUUCCCCCAAGAAAAAGGCCAGCACUUUCCUCAAAUAGAAUUUCUAUAAAAUAAUGCAAUUUUCCCCAAAUUUCAAGCUUACUUUGGAAAAUAUUUUCCCCUUUCUCAGUUUUUUCGAUAUUUUUUUCCCAAAAUGGAAGGCAAGGCCCUAUUCCCCAAAUCAAGAAAAAAGCCCUGGACUGCUGUCUCAAAUAAUAUGAGCCAUGCUGUGGGAAACCAGGGCUUAAAGCAUUUUAUGACAUUUGACACAGGCAUUGAGCUUAGUGUUCCAAGAGUGAGGUAUAUAUGUAUAUUUCUAGUGAUGUACAAUUUAAUGAUGGUUAAGUGUUGGAACACACAAAUUAUUUAGUUAUCAAGUCUACAUUUGUUACAUGUAGGAUUAAUGAAGUACUUCUGUUUGCAAUUACUCAGAUUCAACUGUUUUCAACUUGCCAUUAAAAUCAAUGGAUCUCCAGGAUUCUUGUGUUUUCUGUCCUGGGUGUAAAGAUAUUCAAAUGGUAAUAAGCAUUCAAGUUCAACCAAUUUACAAAGCCUGUUCGUUUUUGUCUGUUUACAAAAAUACAAAGUUUUUUCGCCAACUAUUUCCUGUAAAAUGUAUUAACUAGUCUACUGCAUGGUAUAUUAUUGUUAUCAAAGUACUCAGAUAUGUCUUCCAAUACAUGUAAUUGAAAUCUUAUCAGAACUGAUAUAUUAAUAUACCUUAAAUGUGUUUGUUUGUUGUGUUAAGAUCUCUAAUUGAGAAAAGUUUAUUAAAUACAAGUUAAUUUGUAUUUUAUCUAGUUAGUUUUUUACAAUUUUUAAAAUGUAUUUGGUGGUAUGGAUUUACCAUAGCUUCUGAUUAUGUCAACAGUCUCGACAUCUAUUUUGAUGAGUAUUUAUUUUCAAGUCAUUUUCAUGUAUUAUUUGUAUUUUAUAAAUGUUGAUAGUUAAUGUACAUGAUUGUAUGCCUUACCAUGAUUGAUGCAUCUGGUUAUACUGUGUUACCUUUGCAGUAUAGUAUUUAUGAAACGCGUAUUUGUUGUAUUCAACAUUUAUAUGGUACAUUGUCUGGAGUUAUUGCUUUUCAGUUAGUUAAUUGAUGUCUAAUAUCUAGAAUCAUGGACUUAAUCUUAUCGUUUUGAAUUUGAAAAUUUCCUUAUCAUCCCAUUUUAGCGAUCAUCUAAGAUUUCUGAAUUUUCUCUCUGGUCCUUACACAAUUUUAAAAUUGUUUUAGAGUGCAUUGUGUACAGAGUGUGUCUGGAUGUUGUAAUUGCCCGUAUCCGUUAAUGCCUUAAGUGUAUAACUAUUUCUUUCAGUAAUCACCAGAAUUAUAGAAAAGUAGGUUGUUCUGUGGUUAUUCCUUUGUCAUAUUAUAUAAAUUUGUAAUUUACCAAUUUAUUGUAAUAUUUUUGUAUUUCAGUUGUAUAACAUUAUAGAAUAAAAUCUUUCAAACUUUAGAA